AUGGCUCCCCGCACCGACUUCCCUCCCGUCCGAGCCUGCCUGUUCGACAUGGACGGCCUCCUCCUCGACACCGAAGACCUCUACACCGAGUGCAUCAACACCAUCCUCGCGGAGCACGAGCGUCCUCUCCUUCCCUGGGAUAUCAAGGCCAAGCUCCAGGGCCGCCCCGGUCCCGAUGCCACCCGCAUCUUCCACGAGUGGGCUAAGCUCCCCAUUGGACACGACGAGUACCACCAGAAGCUCUCUGCUAUUCAGCGCAAAAAAUUCCCGAAGACCAAGCCCCUCCCCGGCAUCCCCGAGCUCCUCCAGAACCUGGGCCGCACCCGCUACUACGACCAUAAGCCCACUACUGACGGCAAGACCGCCCAGCGCGUCCACAUUGCCCUGGCCACCUCCUCCCACGAGGCCAACUUCAGGCUCAAGUCGGACCACCUGACUGAGCUCUUCUCCGUCUUUCCUUCCCAGCGCCGUGUCCUGGGUGAUGACACUCGCAUUGCCCCCGGCCGCGGCAAGCCCAACCCAGACAUCUUCCUCCUGGCUCUCAAGACCAUCAACGAGUCUCUCUCCGAGGGCGAGAAGCCCAUCACCCCCGAGGAGUGCCUCGUCUUCGAGGAUUCUGUCCCGGGUGUCGAGGCCGGUCGCCGCGCUGGCAUGCGCGUUAUCUGGUGCCCCCACAAGGGGCUCCUCCAGGAGUACUCCGACCGCCAAAAGCAGGUUCUUGCUGGCCGCACCGGCGAGGCUGGCGAGGUCGACAUGCACCAGGUCGGCGAGCUUGACGACGGCUGGGCCGAGUACCUCCCCACCCUCGAGGACUUCCCCUACGGCAAGUUCGGCAUGACCAUCCCUCCCGUCGAGGUCGACAACGAGCCCUUCGUGAAGGAGGACGUCAAUGGCAAUGUCGUCGCCUAA